AAAAAAGAGUUAUUAAAUAUAUAUAAGGGGAGAAGCAGAAGAAAAGGAAUGAGAGGAAUUGAUGGGAACAAGCAGAUGUCGCUGACUACUGCUUCACCUUCUUUACAAUUCUUGCGGAGGUUCAUCGCCUCCCAUAUAACUUCUCCUUCUUCACUCCGGCUACCAAAAUCUUCUCUUCUUCCUAAUACCCUACCUGUUUCUUCUCUCCGUUGUCGUUUCCGGUGCUAUUCCGCCGCCUCUACUACAACUAUGGCUGAUGCUGUUUCUGAUGCUAAUAUGGACGCCGUACAGCGCCGUCUCAUGUUUGAAGACGAGUGUAUUCUGGUGGAUGAGAAUGACCAUGUUGUUGGUCAUGACACCAAGUAUAAUUGUAAGUUGAGUUGCUUCUUUCGAAAUGUCCCCAUCUGCAUAUCUUCUAGUGUAUUUGCCUGACUGGCUAUAGUUCAU